AUGGCGGCCCGCCGCCUUGUGCUCAACGGGCUGACCGCCGAGGUGGCCGCGGGCCGACCGCCCGAAGCCGCCGGUCCUCCUUCGCCCGAGUUCUACCACGAGUUGGAACUGUACCGCCAAUUGCUGGCGCUGCCGGUGCGACGGUGCCGCACGCCAGAUCCGCCGCCGCCGCCGCCCGUUCCACGCUGCGCUUCCGCGGGUCCCCCUGACUCAGAAAGCGCUCCAGUUCGCUCAACGGCCGAGUCGGCGCCUUCCGAUCGCUUUUCGGCUACCUCAAAACCGGUGCGGGUGAGUAUUUCCUUAAUAAAAUUAAUAUCAGUAAGUAAUAAGCGAGAGCACGGAGGAGCUGCUAUUGUGCCUGCUGCAUUACAAGAUAUCGGCUUAGUGACUGAAGAUGAUUGCAAGAAUGUUGUCGAUCGUAGUAAGAUCCGCCGAGCCCGUACCCAAACUAGGAGCUCACAGAUUUCCACUCAGCUCGACCUAGGACAGUCCAUCCAGUUGGAUGACGACAGCCAACUCAAUUCUCAGGGAAAAAACGUCGAUCUUCGCUCCUAUCAGAGUCUUCAAGGUGCCAAGCUUGAACUUCAACGCAGAGUAUAUGACCUGAUUGAAUGGGACAAAGUUUCUGAACCGCCAGUCCUGAAACAAAUUAGCACCGACUUAUUGAAGGAUGCUAUCGCCAACCCAGAUAUAGUAGAAACUGAAAUUUUGACACUCUAUAGUCAAAUGCCGUGUCACACUCAAGCAAGUGAAAGGUGCAUCAAAAUUGUGACUGAAGCGUGCUCUGCUGUAUGUGGGCCCGAAAGACGGGAAGGAUGGAUAAAAAAUACGUUGAAAUCCUGUAAAAUCAUGCUGAUUUUCAAUACCAAGGCAGAGUACAGAACUAAGUAA